UAAAAAUGAAUGAAUACUAAAAUAUGUCAAAAUGAGUGAAUACUCACGAGUCUAUAAUAUGACAUUGAAAAAUACCAGACUUAGUAGAGAAUUAUAGCUAGUAGCUAGCUAAGUUGCUUUGUAGCGGUUACUGGGUUACCAUGGCAACAACAACAACAACUCAUUCAGUGGCAGGUUCAUGUUCAAUUCUUUCUCCACGUAUAUAUCUACAACGUAUUCGCAUUCCUCGCACAUUCAGCUAUAAAAACACGUGCUACUUUCCCAUCGCAACAAACGUAACCGUUUCCAAUCAACUUUCCCCUUUCGAUUUUCCCGGCAAAUCUCCGCGCCACACCACCGCCGUUUUCUCCGCUUCAUCCACCGACGACUUCCACAGCCCUUCUGAAGACUUCGCCGUUCUUCUCGAAGUCGACGGGGUUCUUGUUGAUGCUUACCGUGUAGGAAAUCGCCUAGCCUUCAAUAAAGCAUUUGAGAAACUUGGACUUGAUUGUGCGAACUGGAACGAACCUAUCUAUACAGAUCUUUUAAGAAGAAGCGCUGGGGAUGAGGAAAAGAUGGUAUUCUUGUAUUUUAAUCGAAUUGGGUGGCCUUCGUCAUUACCUACAAAUGAGAAGGGACUCUUCACAAAAAGUGUUUUACAGAAAAAGGAAAAGGCUUUGGAAGAGUUUGUGACAUCAAAAAGUCUACCUUUACGGCCUGGUGUUGAACAGUUUAUUGAUGAUGCAUACAAUGAAGGAAUUCCGGUGGUAAUAUUAACAGCCUACAGUAAAAGUGGUGAUAAUAUUGCGAGGAGUGUAAUGGAAAAGCUUGGCAAUGAUCGAAUAAAAAAGGUGAGUAUUGUGGGGAUUAAGGAGGCUGAUCAAAGUUUAUAUGGCCAACUCAUCUCAGGAAAGGUGAUUGCUUCUGGUUUGGAUGAAGAGCUUGCCAAGGAAGCCACAAGAGCAGCUUCUGCUGAGAGACAAAGAUUAGCAAAGGAGGUAGCAUCCAUGUUAAAGUUGAGUGUUGAGAUUGAUACCAGCUUAUCCGAAAGUCUAGAUAAGAUUGUGGCUGCACUACAUGCGGGAGCCGAAUGUGCAGGGAUACCUAUCAGCAACUGUGUCCUUGUUGCAGGAAGCCAAUCUGGAGUAGCUGGAGCUGAACGGGCUGGCAUGCCAUGUGUUGUUCUACGGAGCAGUUUGACAUCUAGAGCUGAGUUUCCAUUAGCAAUGGCCACAAUGGAUGGGUUUGGAGGUGCAGAUCUGACCAUUGCAAAAUUACGCAAUCUAUGCAAGAAGAAACAACCAGAGGAUUGAAUGUAUCCCUUACUUGUGCUAGAGUUUUGUAUCAAUAGCCUUGCCCAAAAAUUUGCAAUAAGUGCAAAAUAUCCACUUUGCUCUGGAUUUGAAGCUUUAUGCUGCCAAACAAAAGGAAUGGGCCUCUAGAGAGGGAGUUUAACUAGGUGUCUUCAGAGCAAUGUUUGCUGGUACGAUUUUUCUACCAUUUCGUGUUGAUUCUUGAGGCACAAUAGUAACGCAUGUGAUAUCUGUAGUCUUUCAACAGCAUAAGAAAAGACCAUUCAUGCUAGUCAUUUUGUCUGCGAAGAAGCUAUAACAGCAGUUGCUGGGUAAAUAUAAUUUUAAUUUUAUUGUCUGAUGUGAUGAUGCUGUCUGAACAAAACUGAAAUAGAUGAUGAUUAUGUUUCUCUCAA